AAGUUAGAGAUUACAAAUCAUGUUUUCAACACAUAUUCCAACUCCACCGACUAUGGGAAGUUUCUCAGUACUCCCACCGGAAGCAAGAAGGCUAGAAGGAAAAGUAGCACUAAUUACAGGUGGGGCUAGUGGCCUUGGUGCAGCCACUGCAAGACUAUUCUCCAAACAUGGAGCUAAAGUUGUAAUCGCAGACAUGCAAGAUGAAUUAGGUCACUCUGUAUGCAAAGAACUAAAUCCUCAAUCCACAACUUUUGUCCAUUGUGAUGUCACCAAAGAAACUGAUGUGGAAAAUGCUGUAAACCAUGCUGUUUCCACGUACGGCAAGCUAGACAUUAUGUAUAACAAUGCUGGUAUUGGUGGAGAAUCCAAAUUCAACAUCCUUGACAACACUCAGGCUGAUUUUGAGAAUGUGCUUAGAAUCAACGUAGUAGGUGCUUUUCUUGGUACCAAACAUGCAGCCCGUGUGAUGAUUCCAGCUCGCAAAGGAUGUAUAAUCAAUACUGCUAGCGUAUGCUCAAUCAUAGGAGCGGUUGCACCACAUGCCUACACAAGCUCAAAACAUGCUGUGGAUGGAUUAAUGAAAAAUACAGCAGUUGAGCUUGGACAUUUUGGCAUUCGUGUAAACAAUGUGUCACCCUACGUGGUUCUUACACCUUUGACAGUGGAUUUGUUUAAUCUAGAUGAGGGUGGAGUUGCCCGUCUUUAUGGCAACCUCAAGGAUAAAGAUCUCAAGCCAGAGGAUGUGGCUGACGCUGCACUCUUUCUUGCAAGUGAUGACUCAAAAUAUGUGAGUGGACAUAAUCUUGUCAUAGACGGAGGCUUCCACGUUUUGAAUUCGGGCUUCUCUAUGUAUCCACAAUAAAGAAUAAAAUGGGAAGUCUAAAUGCAUUGAAAAUUAAUGUUUGUGAGACUAUAGUAAAUUCUCUAUGUAUUAUUCGGUGCUUUUUAAAAAGACUUUAAAUAAAACUGGCAUCUUUACACGCACUAUAGUGGUGUUCAUAGGCUCUUCCUUUAUUUUAUAUAAUAAAUCAUAUGUAUUUCUUUAUUUUAAUUGUUUCAAUAAAGGAUUCUAAG